GAUACCUUCUUUCCUCUAUUUAUAAUAACCAAUCUUGUACAUUUUUCUUCAUCACUUGAAAAAUUAUUUAACUCACUACAAAUUACUUUCAAUUCCUCUGUUUUUCCCAAUGGCUUCCUCAACAAUGGCUCUUUCUUCCCCGGCCUUUGGCGGUAAGGCGGUUAAGCUUAACCCAAGCACCUCCGACAUGAUUGGUGAGGGAAGGAUCAGCAUGAGGAAGUCAGCUGGGAAGCCCAAGAAUGUAUCAUCAGGAAGCCCAUGGUACGGUCCCGACCGUGUUAAGUACUUGGGCCCAUUCUCCGGUGAGGCUCCAUCCUACCUUACUGGUGAGUUCCCAGGUGACUACGGUUGGGACACUGCUGGGCUUUCUGCUGACCCAGAAACCUUCUCUAAGAACCGUGAGCUUGAGGUGAUCCACUGCAGAUGGGCUAUGUUGGGAGCUUUGGGCUGUGUUUUCCCAGAGCUUUUGGCCCGUAAUGGUGUUAAGUUUGGUGAAGCUGUUUGGUUUAAGGCUGGAUCACAAAUCUUUAGCGAAGGUGGACUUGACUACUUGGGUAACCCAAGUUUGGUUCAUGCACAAAGUAUUCUUGCUAUUUGGGCUUGCCAAGUUAUCUUGAUGGGUGCUGUUGAAGGUUACCGUGUUGCUGGUGGGCCACUUGGUGAGGUUGUUGACCCACUUUACCCUGGUGGUAGCUUUGACCCAUUGGGUUUGGCUGAAGACCCAGAGGCUUUUGCCGAAUUGAAGGUAAAGGAGAUCAAGAAUGGUAGAUUAGCAAUGUUUUCAAUGUUCGGUUUCUUUGUUCAAGCUAUUGUUACCGGAAAGGGCCCAUUGGAGAACCUUGCUGACCAUCUUGCCGACCCGGUUAACAACAACGCUUGGAACUUUGCCACCAACUUCGUUCCCGGCAACUGAAAAAUUUGUGAAGCUGGUUCAAUUGUGUCACAGUUUCAGCUUUUAAUGCCUCGGUGUAGUAAAUGCUUUCAUUUUUUUUAAUGGAUGAGCUUCUUUUAAAAUGCCAA